AUGCAUCAGAACAGCGACUUGAAAGCACGCAAGAAACAGCAGUCCUCCGUACUGCCGCUGGCGUUGAAGAAACCGUUCCAGGUCUCCUCGUCGUCGGUGUCGUCAACCGCACGCAAGUACGUUCCCAUCGUGCUGCUACUCUUCCUCCUGCACUUUGUUCUGGUCGGAAGCAUACUGCCGGCCCCGCUCGUGUCUCUGAUCUCGUUCGUUGCGUCGCCAGUAACGUACUUCUUCUCGGCAAACAACGCUCCGUCGUCGAUCUCCAUGUUCACCGACUCGAAGUACCUCGGCUCGAAGUACCAGCACGGCUUGACAUCAAACAAGAAGAUCAUCGAAGAGAAAAACAAAUACAUCUUUCCCUUGAUCCAGGAGGCUCCAUUCUUGAAAGAGCUCGGAUUGGACAAGCUCUUCAAGGUCACCCAGGACGGCUCGAAUAGGAAAUUCUACUCGUACUCGCCGGACUACUUCGAUGACCUCUCUGCCACCAACGAAAUGACCAACGAAAACGCUAAGGACAAGACCCCUGAGAUGCAGAGCAUGCAGACCUAUGCCGACGCAAUCAAACACUUCAAGGCUAACGGACAUCGCAUCUAUACAGGAAAAGAGAAGCCGGAGGUUGUGUUGGUCACCGCCAUCAAUUUCGAAGAACUGGAGCCCUCCUACCUUGUUAAGAUCAUCCAGAACCGUGUAGACUACGCCCACAAGAACGGUUACGCAAUUUACUCCCGUUGGGUCCAAGAAUUCACCCCGAUCUUCCAAGAGUAUAAAAAUGACCCCGAGGGGUGGUCCAAGAUCUUUAUCUUGAGAGAGGCAAUGUAUGCAUUUCCGCACGCCAAAUGGUUCUGGUACAUUGACGAAUACUCACUCAUCAUGCGUGACGAUAUCAACCUAAACAACUAUUUGCUCAGGCCGAAGGCCCUAGAUCCUAUCAUGUUGAGAAACCAGCCUUUGAUUCCUCCGGAUGGGGCUGUGAAAACCUACACCCAUACAGUCGCAGAAGACGUUAGUUUGAUUUUAACGCAGAAUGAAAGAAACCUAAACACGGACAACCUAAUCAUCAAAAACGAUCUUACAGGACGUGCAAUUCUCGAAUUAUGGAUGGACCCCCUUUUCAGAAAAUAUCCAUCUUUCCGCAAAGAUGAGUCCAACGCUUUGGCACAUCUGCUGCAAUGGCACCCAGUGAUAUUGUCCAAAACUGCCAUUGUGCCUCCACGGGCAAUCGCAGCACUUGCACCAGAGAAGGCUCCGGAAACUCGAAGUAACGAAUUCAUAUAUCAAAGUGCUGACUUCGUCGUCAGCCUUGGUGACUGUAAAAUCAGCAAAGACUGCGAACGCAUCUUAGCUCCAUACUGGGACAAAACGCAGAUGUUAGGAGCCAAUCAAGGGAAUGGCCAAGAACAACCUAACCAUGCCGCCCAGGAGAAGCUGAACAAGAGAGAUACUACCGAUAAGAUAGACAAAAUCAUGGGAGCUGAGGACAAUAUCGCCAACGACGCCGACAUUGUCAAUAACGAGAAUAUCUGA